AUGCCCAGCUGCUUUCAAAAGGGUUUAUUUGCUCUCAGUGCUGUGUUGAGCUUUGCCUCUUUCAUCCUGAUCCUUGUGGCCAUGGGCAGCCAGAAAUGGCUGACAGGGAAAAUUCUUUGCAAAACCGGUGCUGAGCUGGUCAAUGCCACAGACCCCGAGUUAGUCAAGUUCAUGGGGGAAAUUUACUACGGGCUCUUUGAGGGGCGCAAAAUGCGACAGUGUGGACUUGGGGGCCGUCCUUCCAGAUUCAAAAUGUUUCCACACCUGGUGAAAAAGGUGAACAUGAUGCUUCAUGUGACAAUUAUCCUCUCCUUGUCAGUGGCAUUUUCUUUCGCUCUGGUCAGCUGCGGAUUCUGCUUUUUGAACCUCCUAAAAGUCCCUUUUCGGGCCAUUCAAGGACCUGCAGGAGUAGCUUUGUGGAACUUGGUGGCAGGAGGAUGUACCAUGCUGGCUGUGACUGCUUUUGUAUCAGCUGUCAAACUCCAUCGGCUUACAGAAAGAAUUGCCAAUUUUCGGGAAAAUGGCUUCCAGUUUCUCAUCCUGGAAGAAGAGUAUAUGCCUUCUUUCUGGCUUUGUGUAGCAAGUGCAACAAUCCAUGGGCUGAAUCUGGUCAUUGUUGCCCUCAGCGCAAUUCACUUCCCAACUCUGAAAACAAAGACAGAAGAAGCAAAUGUUACAGCAGAAGAUAUCAUGUACUAAGUCCUUUAUUUCCAAUUUGCCCUCUUCUGAACUUCCAUGAUUCUUUGAUCAUCUGCAUACUUUAAAGCCACUGACAUCAAGUAGGAAAAAUUAGUAUCACAAACAGGUUGAUUUCAGCAAAUGCUGAGGUCCAUUGACUGCUAUGUCCAUAAGCUGGAAGAGGAUUGUGUCUCCC